AUGAACAGUUUUAAACGUAUUGUAAUAAGAGGUAAGAGGGGUAGAGGUGUGCCAAUAUUAAUUAGCAGAGAUGUUCAAGAACACUUGGAGAUGGUCUUAAAGUAUAGGGAUAAUGUUCUUAAAAAGCCCAAUAAUUAUCUAUUUGCAAAUCCAAGAUCAUGCGAACCAAUAGUUGGGUAUAAAGUAUUAAGAAAAUAUGCCAAAAUUUGUGGAGCCAAAAACCCUGAUGCACUUACUUGUACUCGAUCACGAAAACAUUUGGCAACUUUAACUCAAUUGUUUAAUAUGUCUAAAAAUGAUAUGGAGCAGCUGGCCUCAUUUAUGGGACACACUUUAGGUAUUCAUCGACAGUCUUAUCGGCUUCCUGAUGAUAUUUAUCAGACAUCCAGAAUAUCAAAAUUGCUUGUUCUUAUGGAAAAGGGUGAAGCUGGACACUUUAAGGGCAAAUCUCUUGAUGAAAUUGAUUUAAAUUUAGAAGAGAAUUUAAUGGAUAUUUCAGAAGAUGACUUAGAGUCAAGAGAGAAGUCAUUUAAUGAAGCAAAUGAAAGUCCAAAACCCAGCACAUCAAAACCCCAAAAUACGGUUAACUUAGAUUCAAAAAUAAAAAAAGAAUCCAAGAAGAGAACACUUGUUCCAUGGACAAGUGAUCAAAAAAAGAUGGUCACCAAUUAUUUUAAAAAUCAUAUAAAAAAGAAAUGUCCACCAAAAAAAUCUGAGUGCCUUGAGCUUAUCUCCAAAAAUGUGGAAUUAUUCAAUAACAAAAAUUGGUUAAAAAUAAAGGUUUACAUUCAAAACCAAUAUUUAAAAAUAUGA